AUGGAUUUCAGCAUGGUUACUGUGGCCCUUCUGAUGAUCUGUAUUACCUGCCUGCUGCUGUUUUGGAAGGGGAAACGACUGGGCACAAAGGGGUGCUUGCCCCCCGGACCUCGCCCACUCCCCAUUGUGGGCAACCUGUUCCAGCUGGAUCCCAAGGAUAUGGUCCAGUCCCUGAUGGCGCUGAGAGAGAGAUACGGCUCCGUGUACACCAUAUAUCUGGGUUCCCAGCCUUUUGUGGUGCUGUGUGGAUUCCAAGCUGUGAAGGAGGCCCUGGUGGACCGAGGCGAGGAAUUCAGUGGGCGUGGGGAUUUGCCAGUGGUAUUCCGAUUCACCCAAGGGGAUGGUAUUGCUUUUUCGAACGGUGACAAAUGGAAGAUGUUGCGGCGUUUUGCUAUACAGACAUUGAGAGAAUUCGGGAUGGGUCGGCGCAGCAUUGAAGAACGAAUCCAAGAAGAGGCCUGGUGCAUGGUGGAAGAGCUUGCCAAGACCAAAGCAGAGCCUGUUGACCCCACUUCCCUCAUCAGCCGCGCCGUCUCCAACGUCAUCUGCUCCGUCGUCUUUGGGGAUCGGUUUGACUACGAGGACAAGAAAUUCCUCACUUUGGUUGGACUGGUGAAUGACAACUUCCAGCGUUUGAGUUCCUGGUGGGGGCAGAUGUACAACCUGUUCCCUCACCUCAUGUACUACCUGCCUGGACCCCACAAUAGAAUUUUCGAGAAUUUUGAGAAGUUGCGCCUCUUCGUCCUGGAGAUGGUCAAGAUCCACCAGGAGACCCUGGACUCCAGCUCCCCUCGCGAUUUCAUCGACUGCUUCCUUCUCAAAAUGCAGCAGGAAAAGAAGGACCCCUGUAGCUACUUCCACACAAACACUCUUGUGAUGACCACCCACAACCUGUUCUUUGGGGGGACGGAGACUACCAGCACCACCCUCCGUUAUGGGAUCCUCAUCCUCAUGAAGUACCCCGACAUGCAGGCCAAGGUCUAUGAAGAGAUCAGCCGGGUUGUUGGCCCUCAUCGUAGCCCAUCGUUUGAAGAUCGGGUGCAAAUGCCUUUCACGGAGGCCUUGGUCCAUGAGAUCCAGCGAUUCAUUGAUAUCUUGCCUAUGGGCAUCCCCCAUGCUGUUACGACUGAUACUCACUUCCGUGGCUACGUGCUCCCUAAGGGCACCAACAUCAUGCCUGUUCUUUACUCUGUCCACAAAGAUGUCACCCAGUUCAAAGACCCGGAAGCAUUUGAUCCCACCCAUUUCCUGGACGAGAAAGGGGGCUUCCGUCGGCGUGAUGCUUUCAUGGCUUUCUCAGCUGGCAAACGCGUGUGUCUUGGAGAGGGCUUGGCUCGUAUGGAGAAUUUCCUCUUCCUCACUACGCUGGUGCAGCGCUUCACCUUCCAGCCUCUGAUCCCAACGGAGGAAAUCGACAUCUCACCGCUGAUAAGCGGCUUAGGGAACGUCCCUCGUCCAUACAAAUUCCGAGCCAUCCCCCGGUGAAUGGCACCAGCGUUCCUCCUGCAACUUUCUGUCAGUGGGCUCUUCCUCUCACUCUCUGUUC